AACUUGUAAUUUUUUGUGUUUAGUUUAGUUUUCUAACGCCUUGCGUAGAUAGCCAAGCGUUGAGUACGCAAUUCCUUAGAAAUGAAAACAAUAACAGCUGUUUCAUCGCUUUUAAAAAGAUCUUUACAAGUUCAAGUUCCAUUAAGAAAAAUUAUAAAAAGUUACUCGACCGGUUUUAUCACUCGAGAGUUCGAGGAGGUACAAUUCAGUGUUCCAUGGGGCCACGUUGCGGGCAAGUGGUAUGGUCCCAAAGAUAAACGACCCAUAGUUGGAUUACAUGGAUGGCAAGAUAAUGCCGGCACUUUCGAUACUUUAGCUCCACUUCUGCCAAGCGAUGUUGGAUUUCUGGCAAUUGAUUUACCUGGACAUGGACUAUCAUCUUGGCUGCCCGAGGGUUGCACCUACCAUUCAAUAGAUUACAUUAAAAUCCUAUUCAGUUUGAUGCGUGAUUUAAAGUGGGAAAAAAUCUCAUUGAUUUGCCAUUCGAUGAGUGCCGUUAAUGGAUUCGUAUUCAAUUCUUAUUUUCCGGACAAAUGUGACAUGUUCGUUGCUCUCGAUAUAGUGCAGCCUAUUUUGAGUAAAAAUGAAAUCACUGUUAAUUUUGCGAUAAAACAAUUCGAAGAACUUAACAAACAAAUGGCAAUAUCGAUGCAAAAGACAGUCCCACCAUCUUAUGAGAUCGAAGAGUUAGUUGAGAGAUUGCAUAAUUCAACUGGAAAAUCAAUUUCAAAGGAAUGUUGUAAGUUUAUUUUGAAGCGCAACAUUAAACCUUCUUCGUCGUCACCAUCAAAGUACAUCUUAAGUCGCGAUGGUCGAUUGAAAUCAAUGAUAUUUAGUGUAUUUAGCCAUGAUGAGCUUGUGGUUAUGGCAAAAAGAAUCAAAUGCCCUCACUUAUUUAUCAGAAAUAAUAAAGCCAAACACUAUGACAGUGAGUUAGAACUAAAAGAAAUAAUGAAUGCAUUAAAAUUGAAUCCGUCUUUUGAGGAACAUAUUGUUGAUGGCACUCAUCAUCUUCAUUUAACUGAGCCUCAUAAAAUCGCUGACAUUUUAAAUCCAUUUAUAAAUAAAUAUAGACCAGAAUAGAAAAACAAGA